UGAAUUGAAAUUGCACCACAUCGACAAAAGCAGCACACUUGCACACUGUCAUGUUCAUUGAUGCACACACACUAGUGAAGUUGUGAAGCCUAGAAAAGAAUUAUAUAUUAUCAUCCUUUUGAAAUUUGAAGUUGAACACUAUCUUCCUCACCUCUGGAUCUGAUCUGAGCACGGUGCCAUGGAUCGGUUGCUGAAAGCGGCGAGAGCCUCUGGUUCUCUCAACCUCUCCAAUCGAUCCCUCACUGAAAUUCCCGACGAGGUUUACCGGAAUCUGGAGGGCCUCGGCGGCGGAGACGACAAGUGGUGGGAGGCAGUGGAGCUUCAGAAGCUUAUUCUGGCUCACAAUAGCAUUGCAUCGUUGAAGGAAGAUCUGAGAAAUUUGCCUUUUCUUGCUGUGUUGAAUCUUAGCCACAACUCUCUUUCUCAGCUUCCAGCUGCUAUUGGAGAGCUGCCUCAGUUGAAGAUGUUGGAUGUUUCAUUCAAUUCAAUAGUUAACAUACCAGAGGAGAUUGGAUCGGCUACGUCACUUGUGAAGCUUGAUUGUUCAAAUAAUCAGCUCACGGAACUUCCUAGCUCGCUUGGAAGAUGCUUAGAAUUGUCAGACUUAAAGGGAUCAAACAAUCUUAUUACAAGUUUGCCAGAAGAUUUAGCAAAUUGUUCCAAAUUGUCUAAACUAGAUAUGGAGGGGAACAAGCUAACGGUGAUAUCUGAAAAUCUCAUUUCAUCAUGGACCAUGCUUACUGAAUUCAAUGCAUCAAAAAAUUUGCUGAAUGGGAUACCAACCAGCAUUGGAGGCCUUUCACGUCUAAUUCGUGUUUACGUUCAUCAAAACAGAAUAUCAGCAAUCCCUUCAUCAAUCAUUGGUUGUCAUUCACUUACAGAGCUUUAUUUGGGGAAUAACAAUAUUUCUACAUUACCAGUGGAGAUAGGGGCCCUUUCUCGCCUUGGGACUUUAGAUCUUCACUCUAACCAGCUGAAGGACUAUCCAGUAGAGGCAUGCAAAUUGAGUCUUUUAGUCUUGGAUCUUUCUAAUAAUUCUUUGAGUGGGUUACCCCCUGAAAUGGGCAAGAUGACUACAUUGAGGAAACUUCUGCUUAGUGGAAAUCCUAUGAGAACUCUUCGAAGCUCAUUAGUAUCUGGACCUACACCAGCAUUACUGAAAUUUCUCCGAAGCAGACUUUCUGAAGAUGAAGAUUCUGAAGCAGUAACCACAACAAAAGAGGUGAUCGCAAUGGCUACCCGAUUGUCUAUCACUUCAAAGGAACUUUCUAUGGAAGGGCUGGGGUUGAGUGCUGUGCCAUCAGAAGUAUGGGAAUCAGGGGAGGUGAUAAAACUUAAUCUUUCCAGAAACUCCAUCCAGGAGUUGCCGGUUGAACUUUCUUCUUGUGUUUCCCUCCAGACAUUGAUUUUAUCUAAGAAUCAAAUUAAAGAGUGGCCAGGUUCAAUUCUUAAAUCACUUUUGAGCCUUUCAUGUUUGAAGCUGGAUAACAAUCCCCUCAAACAGAUACCUUUGGAUGGCUUUGAAGUGGUGCCUAAGCUUCAGAUCCUGGAUCUAAGUGGUAAUGCGGCUUCAUUACUAGAUGUACCUGCAUUUUCUAGUUUGCCAUACCUGCAAGAGCUUUACCUAAGGAGAAUGAGGCUCAGUGAAGUCCCAUCAGAUAUAGUGGGGCUGCAACAGCUACGGAUCCUUGACUUGAGUCAGAAUUCCCUUCAAUCAAUUCCAGUGGGGUUAAAAGAUCUCACUUCUCUCAAGGAACUCGACCUAUCUAAUAACAACAUCUCAGUCCUUCUGCCCGAGCUGGGUUUGCUGGAGCCAAGCCUACAGGCACUGAGACUUGAUGGGAAUCCUCUCAGAAGCAUUCGAAGAACUGUCUUGGAUAGAGGAACUAAAGCUGUUCUGCAAUAUUUGAAGGACAAAUUGCCAGAGCAAGAGCAAUAGUAUUUUUAGUUUUUUCCCUCCUUUGAAAGGGUUGUGCUUGACAUGAACAGCAAUAUUUAAAGUGUCCAAUUUUUUUUUCUAGGUGUCACAUUCUUUCCGUGACAUACUGACAUGUUGAUACAGUUUUUUUUUUCCUCAGCUGUCUGUUUUUGCGCUUUAUUUUGUUCAAUUCUUCUUCCCUGUGGUUACCUCUGCUUUUGUGUGCUAUUUCAUGUAACUCAUUUUUUACGGUUUGAAUGUUUAACAUUACAAACUAAUUUGCAUGGCUUGAUUUGAUUUCCCCAGGAUU